UGCAAGAGGAAGGCAUUGAUGCUAUGGACUGGCCCGCCCGUUCCCCAGACCUGAAUCCAAUUGAGCACAUCUGGGACAUCAUGUCUCGCUCCAUCCACCAACAGACUGUCCAGGAGUUGGUGGAUGUUUUUGUCCAGGCCUGGGAGGAGCUCCCUCAGGAGACCAUUCGCCACCUCAUCCGGAGCAUGCCCAGGCGUUGUAGGGAGGUCAUACAGGCACGUGGAGGCCACACACACACUACUGAGCCUCAUUUUGACUUGUUUUAAGGACAUUACAUCAAAGUUGGAUCAGCCUGUAGUGUGGUUUUCCACUUUAAUUUUGAGUGUGACUCCAAAUCCAGACCUCCAUGGGUUGAUAAAUUGGAUUUCCAUUGAUUAUUUUUUUGUGAUUUUGUUGUCAGCACAACUAUGUAAAGAAAAAAGUAUUUAAUAAGAUUUAUUUAUUUCAUUCAGAUCUAGGAUGUGUUGUUUAAGUGUUCCCUUUAUUUUUUUGAGCAGUGUAUAUUGACUGGGAGUUAAAAGGUACAACCGUAGUUCAUACAAUUCUGAUGAGAAAAUUGGAUUCAAUAAUCAUGCCUUCAUGACAUGUUUGUUCAUUGAUCUCCUGUUUAAUGAUAUUACAUAUUCAUAUACGAAUAUUACGUUUUCAUGAUCAUUUAUUAAACAUUUUACUCAAAUCAGCUAUGAAAAAGGAUUGAAACCCCAUGGUUGAUAAUACCAAGCAUUAUGCAAUCUGGGAGGCAAGAUAAUGCUGUCAUUGGACAAUAACAAUUAUUUAGCAAAUCCCUGAAGACAUGAAAUUGAAAUCUGAGAUGGAUUAGAAAUGACAUCCAUGUCACAAACAAGCCAACAGUCUGAGAUGGUUUACAUAUACAAACAGACAAAACGCAUGACAACACAGCAGAUGUUGAUGUCUCUUUUUUCAGUCUGAGAACAAAAAAUGUGACCUGAUGCCAUCCUGGUUUGACGAUCCCUGGAAUCAGGAGGGAAUGCGCAGGAAAUCCGGGAAUCAUCCAACUGGGAUUUUGGAAUUUUGCUACUCUUAACUUUAGCACAUGGUGGUACCUACCUUGUAGCUGACACAGAGGGGAACCUGGGGGAUCUUGAUGUAGAUGGAGGAGUUAUUCAUGGCUGCUCUCUCCUUCAUCUUUUCGAUGUCAUCAACAGGAUGCUAGACAGGGAAUUAAGACAUACUUCAGUUUCAAUACGGUAUGAAAGACCUAAGGCCGUGUCUGAAAUGGAACCCUAAUCCUCAUCCUAGUGCACUUCUUUUGACCAGGGUCCAUAGAGCUCUGGUCAGAAGUAGUGCACUGUAUAGAGAAUAGGGUGCCAUUUUGGGACGUAGCCUAUGGCUGCAACAGUAGCACACUCCCCAGCCCAGGGAUUCAUGGAGAGGUCAGACUGCCUUUUACUAGCACGUUAUCUGAUGACACUUGACAUGGUCAAAUACUGUAUGCUCUGGUGUGGAGAUGGAGCUGGCAGGUCAUUAUGGGGCAGAGAGACUGAUGACAAAGCAGUGUCAAGGACUGACCCUGACCCCCCCCCCCUUUGUAUUUAUGAUCAAAGUCACAACUGACCCUAGAUCAGCACUCCUAUUCGAAGAGGCUUUAUGGAGAUGGGGCCUAGUUAUCUGCUAAAAACAAAUACCAUGGUCUUAUUGACCAAAUGUAUCUUUGUUUUCUUGUUUGUUUUUUCAUUCAAUGCAUCACACAUGGUCCUUAACUUUCAGAAUGAGCAGCCUAUACUUGUUGCAUUAAUAGUAUGACUAGGGUGAUGGCUAUUUUUUUAAAGUUUCAUUGUCCAUUUCUCCAUUAAAUCAAUUAGAACAUUUCAUAGUUUAUAUGUUGACUACGGUUGUGUCUCGAAUGGCACCCCAUUCCCUAUAUAGUUCACUACUUUAGGGUAUAGGAUGCCAAAGUAGUGCACUAUAUAUGGGAUAGGAUGCUGUUUUAAGAUGCAAAUAAUGUGACUUGUUCAGAGUGUAAUUUCCUGCUGGUUCAGGAAUACUGUAUCCUCAAACAAAUGUAUAUCCGGUAGAUUGUAAAACAUUUUCAUCUCAAAUGAAAGUACCUUCAAACCAUAGAAAUGCUGUCUGUUGCAACAGUUAGAAAUAUCUGAUUCACUAGUACUGUAAUGAUAUAUUAUAGCCUUGUGCUUUUUUUAUAGCGUUGGGAUUUUACUCAAGUCUGUAUGAUACUGUCACACUGACUGGGAAGUGCAUCCCUGUAAAUAACAUAAAAAUAUAUACUUUUUACCCUGCAUGAGACUUUUCCGACAACAUAUAUGCCACAGCAGACUUCUGUUUUACACUGUAGUUCCUCAACAUAUCUGUGCAAUAUAUCACAACCAAGCAGCAACAAUAUGUCCUUGUUGUUUUAUAUUUGAUGGCACUUACAGCCUUGAUAGGCUCUGCAAAAGUAAUGUUGUUGCAGCUUGUCUCCAUAAUGUUUUGUAAUUUUAACACUACAGCUCUUUUUUUAAGCAAAGUAUUUCCGAUAUUUUUAUAACCAUGUUAAUUCUUUUAAAUUACCGCUGUACCAACACCUUAGUUUGUUAUUCAAUUGCAGCUUCCUUAAAGUGCAAGAUGUCAAUUAUUUAUAUCUAAAUAUUUCAAGAAACAUUUAUUAUAGCUCAAUGAAGUUUCUUUAACGCUUUUUCUUAUCACCAUGCAUGCAACUAUAAAUGUUUGUCAAUAAAAUGUUCUAAUGUCUCUUAUAGCUGAAUGUGUCAUGUAUGUUCUCAGAAGUUCACUACACCGUCAACUUAUAAUUGAUUUCGUAAUCAUUAAUAGAUGUGUAACCGAAAUGUGGAGUUUUCGUUUUAGCUGUUAUUUCCAGUGGAGUGUGAGUGGCUAAUUGAUCAUUCAUAUGACAGGCUCAACUGGAGCGGAACUUCGCCUUCUGCAGAAUAACAUCGAAUGGGCGGUUAUUAUUCCUUGCUAGAGAUGAUGAUCAAACCCCGCGCGCCGCUCGGUCGUGGCGGGUCAGCAACUUGCACUCGAUGUUUCACACCGCAGUGUAAAAGACAAUAGAAAAUAAUGUGGGGUUGAUCGAGGUUUACCAAAUUAUGUGAUGGGCAGCGACUCAAGUAAACAAAAGAGACAGGCGCCAAGCCAAGAGAGACGACGCUAUCAAGCCUGGCAUAGCCUUCUCUCCAAUAUGGGAAUAUCCUUUACUGACGGAAUUCGCCACCUUGGCCCACCUGGUCUGGCCACACAGCGCAUGGUGCUCGGCAGUGAAACCCCAAUCCCUGAGGACCACCUCCUCCCAGGAGACAGCCCUCAGAAGCCUGUCAUGGAGUGGACUCACCCUGGCUUCAUCUCUAUCUUUCUGCCUGAGUUCCCACACCCUAAAUUCCCUGGGCAAGACAAUUUCCAGAUCCUGGGCUUCAUAGCUAAAGGCUCCUUUGGUCCUAUCUUGAAAGUAAAGGACAGGUCGAAGGGGAAGACUUAUGCCGUUAAGGUUUUAUCCAAGUCUGAGAUACUGAAGCAUGGGGUCCUGGAACAGUCAAAGGAGGAGGUCAUCAUUCAGCGGCAGGUCAGCCACCCAUUCCUCCACAAUCUGCAGGAUUGCUGGCAGACCCAGCGUCACCUCUUCAUUAUGUGUGAGUACUGCAGUACUGGAGACCUGUAUACCUACUGGUUACUGAAGGGCCAGUUUGGGGAGGAUGAGGCUCGGGUGUUCGCUGCAGAGCUAGGCUGUGCUUUGGGUUUCCUUCACAACUUGGGGAUCAUGCAUAGGGAUGUCAAAAUGGAAAAUGUCCUUCUGUCUGACCAAGGUCAUCUGCGUUUAACUGACUUUGGACUCUCUCGCCGUCUUGAGCAGGGCGCAAGAGCAUUUACAAUUUGUGGGACAAUCCAAUACAUGGCUCCUGAAGUCCUGAGUGGGGGUCCCUACAGCCAUGCUGCUGAUUGGUGGUCUCUCGGCGUUCUGUUGUUCUCAUUGGUGACCGGAAAGUUCCCUGUGCCUCCAGAGCCUGACCACUCCAACAUGCUGAGAAAGGUCAGAGAUUGCACAUACUCCAUACCCAAGACCUUCAACCCUGCAUUGACCCUUCUGCUCACAGAGCUUCUAUGCAAGAACCCAGCUCAUCGCCUGCGUAGCCUGGAGCGCUUCAAAAGGCAGACGUUUUUCCGUGGCACUUCCUUUGACUCUCAACUGCUACAGAAGAGACCCGUUGAACUAAUUCUAGAACUGAAGAACCAUCCUGAUCGUCCAGCCAUAGCCAUGCGAGGCCUGUCUAUGGACUACUUCCAGAACUUUGACUGUGACAUAUUCCACUCCCCUACCAGCCCCACUGACAUGUCACCUACUUUGGCCAACAUUGACCUGAGCCAGACCCUGGCUACAGCUCAGGGUUUUAGCGCAUGAGAUGUGCCUGUGCUACUGUGACUCAAUACUGACUGUAAUGGAAACAAGUAUGGACAUGUAUUUGAUAUAUACAUUUUGUACCACAUGGAUACAUGGUUGUGAAAAAUCUCCUGUAUGUUUUCUUUAUUUACAUGGCCUGUUUGGCUCCCUCUCUUCCUCUGUAUACCUCUUUGCAUACCCAUUUAAUGGGGUGAUAAAUAUAGAUGAGCUUUAAUGCACUGAAUACCACCACUUACCAAAAAAGGUUUAUAACAUUUCUAUUUCCCAUUGAGUACUGCAACUCAAAGCCUCUCAAGGCUCUGCCAAAUGGCACUUUCCAAAUGUGGAUCAACCACCUGCAUGUUUGACCUUUUACCUUUGUUAUUACAUUUGUAUAAGAAGAUCUCUAUUUUCCUGAAAAUCCUUUCACAUAUAUUGUUUUUAAUGAAAUAUUUAUUUAAUUCUGUGUAAUUUUAGGUUUGAUUGCUGAGGCCAUCUGAUUAUUUGAUUGACUGUUGUGUGUGAUCACAAUGCCUUUGACUGUUCACAAAGUCCUGCUCUAUACCCAUGUCUCAUUAGAUUUCACUAACUGUUGUUGUGUUUUACCCAACCACAGUAACAUCUGAAAAAUGAAAGCCCCUAUGAACUCAUGAUGGAGUUGUCUCCUGUCAUGAUAAACUAGGAGAAAUAUCAAAGGAAAUAGGUACCUUUAUGCAAUGCCUCUAUUUGGAGCCACUUGAAGUGUUAAAAAUAGUUGAUAAGUUCCACAGGUUUUUUAGGUUAAUGUUUUUAGCUGUUCCAGAUAUAGAGCCUGAGUCACUUCAGACACCUAAUCAUCAGUCAUGGCAGCAGAGAACAUACACACAUUUGAGCCAGUACAAUACAAGAGGAGGCUUUCAGUUUAUUGUAACCAACAGAAAAGUAUACAUCUUACAGAGUAUUAUUCAUUUGGAAUCUCAAAUGUUUUUUCACCUGAAAUCUGUGGUUCAGUUGGUAGAGCAUGGAGGUUGCAACGUCCCGGUCAUGGGUUCAAGUCCUGUGGGGCCCUGGACACCCAUAUGAAAAUGUAUGGAUGAUGCACCACUGCAAGUCCUUUUGGAUAAACGCGUCUGCUAAAUGGCAUAUAUUAUGUUAACACAUACUGUACAUUAUUUGUAUUGCACUACAACUGGAUACAUAAAGACAACUUUUUCCUCA